AUGGCCUCAAGCGCUUGCUCAGCUUUGAGGAGCAUGAGCCAGACGCCAACUCCAUGGAGCCUACGAUACUUAUGCGCAUGUAAAGAAGCCACCAGCAUCAAGCAGACCCCGACAGAAGGCAAGGUACGUUAUAUAGAUGGGUUGAAUAAUCUAAGGGAUAGAACUAUAUCACGUUUGAUCUGCGAGGUAACAUUAGAAUAUCAUUAA